AUGGCGAACAACCAUGUGCCCUUAGCAAAGUGGACCUGGAAAACAGGAACACCCAGCGCCACCAGAUCUGCAACCACAUUGUCCGAAUUUCUCCAGCAGCCCGACGCAUGGACCGGCCGUCUUCGUGUUCUAUCGAUACCGCGCGACACCGGGACGCCAGACAUACAGCCCCUUCUCAACUCUUACCUUUCGCGCCUCCAUGUGCCCGAUGAGUUUCUGCUUGAGAGGGACCAGGCCGUCAACCACGGCUUCGGCACCAUCGCCGACUACGGUCGUCAGAGACACGCGACCUGGAUGCGGCUUGUGGCCAAGGGCAUAUCCGUCGAGCGGGACCCGCACGGGAACCCAAUCGCCAUCGAUACGCCCGUGGUAUCCAACGCGGAGUCGCGGGAUCGAGCCUGGUUCUCCUUCGCCUUUGUUCUGUUGGAGGAAACCAAUGGCACCGACAAGCAAGCCACCCUGCUUUGCUUCGAUGCACCCACCCAGCUGCACAAGGACCUCAACGACUUGGACGUCUCGGAUGAGCAGCUGAACGAUGCCUACUUUGUCUUCGCCAUCGUUCUCAAGGCCGUCUGGAAGACCAUGGAUGACGAUUCCUGGACUCUGGCCGAUGUCUUCCGCAACAUUGAAAAGAGCACUUUGGAAAGGUCGGCGAGCGACAAGAGCGUGUCGCAGUUGGUCAACUUCUCGGAGCUGCACAACAUCUCCAAGCAUCAGAUAUACAUGUCCGAGGCAUUUGAAGCCGCCCAGCUUGUUGCGAACGACCUUCUUCAGACGUACCGCGACCGCUUUGCCGCAACCCCGCCACAAGACGCCCGGCUUACAGAGCAGAAGCUGCUGCACAGCGCGCGCAUGUUCAAAGCGUCACACCUCCGGCUCAACAGUCUGGAGAAGCGAAUCUCCAACAUCACCAGUUUGGCCUUCAACAUCGUCACGCAAGAAGACAGCCGCUCGAUGCACACCAUCGCCCUCAUCACCUUGGUCUUCUUGCCGAGCACCCUCAUCGCAACCGUCUUCAGCAGCUCUUUCUUUGACUUCACCAUGGCCGACGACGACAACAACGAGACUGGCGUUCAUCUCUCGUCGCUCUUCUGGAUAUUCUGGGUCAUCUCCAUCCCCAUCACCCUGGUCGUCGUGUGCCUCUGGUGGAGUCUCAAGUGGUGUUCCAACCGGAAGAAGAAGAAGAAGAGGCCCUUUUCGACAGCUUGA